GUAAUAUUCCAUAUAUCUAGUGGGAGUCGACCCUAAAAAAAAUGACAGCCCUGGAUGGAGAACUGCAUGCUGAUUUGGGCAGUCUGAUUGAAUGAGACAAGGAUAACACAAGAAAGCUUCCGAUUGCUGUUAUCAAACAUUUUCUACUUUCGCUUUGUUGACAACGUGUGAACUUGGUGGUCUGAGAAAUAGCACAUGUGUCAUUACUAAGACCAUUUAUUUUUGAGUAGAUAUUUGGAUAUAGUUUGAUAUGUCUGGACCCCGUGUGAUGUGUGUGGGACUUGCUUGUGUUGACAUUAUAAGUGUGUGCAAAAAUUAUCCCGAGGAAGACAGUGAUCAAAGAGUGUUGGAUUUCUAUUGGCAGAAGGGAGGAAAUGCUUCUAACACGAGCUCUGUUCUAUCACUACUGGGAGCCCAGUCGGAGUAUAUGGGAAGCUUUGCUAAUGAUAAUGAAAUGAGGUUUUUGAAGGAGGACUUUGACAGUUUUGGGGUGUCCACCUCUCACUGUGUUACAUACAAUACAGGCUACAUCACUCCUACCUCUGUUAUAAUUGUCAACUCACAAAACGGAUCCAGGACCAUACUACAUGCCAGCAAGAAUUUGCCUGAAAUUACUUUAGACGACUUCAAAGCUGUUAAUCUGAAAAAUUACAAAUGGAUACAUUUUGAGGGAAGACCAAGUUUCAAUACCCCAGCCUAUGAAAUAGUCUGUAUGUUA